AUUUUGUUUUAAUUAUUCAAAAAAUUGUGUGUAAUGAUGUUGAAAGUAUUCACAACUGUUCUCGUUAUCUUCUUGAUUGUUGAAGUGAAUUCUUAUGAUCCAAAUGACAAGGAAAUCGAGACAAUUAUACCUGAACCAGGAACAUUUGAAGCAUUCUAUCCUCGUGAGACUAACGGAAUGAACUCUGUGGCAAGAGCUUCACAUAGUCACGGAAGUUUCUUUCAACAUCGUAAUCCAGCUUUGAUUGAUAUUAAAAAUGCAGCUGCUUAUGGUUUUCGCUUUGACGGAAAGAGAAGAUUCAAUUUUGAUUAACAUUGCUCAAUGACUCAUUCAUAUUAUACGGUUUAUUGGUUCACGGAAAAAUAAAAUAAAUAAAUAAAUUACAACAUAUACUCGU